AUGACUAUAUAUGGGGGAACAGAAAUUGUUUUUUAUCGGGCUUUCCCCUCGUCUCUCAAGGGCGCGGUGACCUCAUGGUUUUCGUGGCUGCCAUCGAACUCCAUAACAAGCUUUGCUCGAGCCUUUGUGAUGCGCUUCCAGAGUAGCAUGAAGCACUGGAAGACGACGGUCAACCUCCUUAGCGUGAAGCAGCAGUCUGAUGAGUUGAUCCAAGCGUUCGUCUCGCAUUUCAACAAAGAGUCCUUGGACAUCAAGGAUUUGGAUGAGGCUACGGCCCAUACCGCGAUGAGCAAUAGACUCACUGACAUGGACCUCCUCAAGGACUUGGCCCAGAAGCCAACCAAAAAUAUGGUCGAGCUCUUGGAGAGGUGCAAUGAGUUUACAAAUAUGGCGGAGGUGCUCUAA